UGAGCUCGGGUUAAUCCUAGAGCGGCCUGAGUGCGCCUGCGCGCGUCUCCCUCGAAGCCCCGCCCCUGCUUCCGGUCCUCCUUUCCUGUAGUCUCCGUGCUCCAGGCGGCGACCUUUCUCUCUCUUCCUCCAUUUUGGAAGGCGCAGCCAUGCAGCUCUUCAUUCGUGCUCAGAACCUGCACACCCUCCAGGUCUCCGGCCAAGAAACAGUCGCUCAGCUUAAGGCCCAGGUCGAGUCCUUGGAGGGCAUUGCUCUUGAGGAUCAGGUAGUUCUCCUGGGAGGGACUCCCUUGGAAGAUGAUGCGGUCAUCGGACAAUGCGGGGUCAGCGACCUCGCCACCUUGGAGGUUGCUGCGCGCAUGUUGGGCGGUAAGGUCCAUGGGUCCUUGGCGCGUGCUGGAAAAGUGAGGGGCCAGACCCCAAAGGUUGCCAAGCAAGAGAAGAAGAAGAAGAAGACUGGGCGCGCCAAGAGGCGCAUGCAGUACAACCGGCGCUUUGUCAACAUUGUGCCAGGCUUUGGCAAGAAGAAGGGGCCCAAUGCCAACUCCUAAGCAGCACCCACUUGUCUAAUAAAUGUGAGAGUGGUCUGGACCAUUA